CUCACUAAGAUAGGAAUUUCUGUAAUCUCCUUUUCCUGAGUGGUUCUCACCAGCGAGCUUAUUGGCUCUGAAGCUAGGAGUCCUUGGCAGGAAGUUUUAGGCUAAGACAGGAGCUCUCUGAAAGGACUCAGGUGUAUUUAAUUAAGAUCCUGAAGCAGUUUAGUUCCUCGAUAGGCUCCAGUCCCCAUGUAACUCUGACCUGGCUGUAGAAAAUGUGAGAAUAAUUUACCAGUUACUGAGUAAGUCAAACAACUCUAUCAGAGACAGAUAAGCCUGUUUUUGUGGUAUUGUAAAAGUUUUACUUUCAGUUUUAAGUUUGUGUAUAAAACACGAGCGCCGACACAAACUGUCUGCAAACCUUCAUCAUCAGCUGCCAGGUACUAUAUGAACACAGGCACUGUUACAGGCUCAGAGUCUUUAUCUAAAGAUGCAUGUUUUUAAAUAAAGGAAGAAGUCAGACCAUGUCUACAAUGAAUCAACAACUGCCUGAAGGCUUGUUCAACAUUCUUUCCAGACUUGGACUGAACAAACUUUAUCCCAACAAACUCACCCUUCGUUCUUUGUUGGAGAUCAACAAAGACGACAUAAAUACAAGUCCUGCUUCAUCACUAAAGGAAAUUCCAUGGUUUUUUCUUAGAAACCUCUUACAGAUCAAUGCUGAAUGCAGAAGCUGUGUGCAACUACCAGCCAAUGAUGAGGAAAAUGAGGACCUAUUUGGCCUCGACCUUUAUUCUGCAGAAGACAGUCACAGUGGUAUUAAUGCUCUUGACCUCAUAGUAGCGCUUUUCCUUUGUGCUGACAGCUUCUUGCAACAAGAAAUGGCUCUCAGAAUGUCAAUGUGCCAGUUUUCUGUGCCACUGUUGUUGCCUCACAGCAAUAACAGUCAGUGCUGCCUGAUGCUUUGGGCUUUACGAGGAAUUGUUAAAGAGUGGCGUCCUCAUGCUUUGUCAGAAUCAAAAGGUUUCAUUGAGGAUACGAUUGUUGAUGCAAAUAUUCCAAUAUAUUCCUUUGUUCGGCUGCAGAACAGCAGUUUAUCAAAGUCUCAGAUGCUGAAUCUUGUUCUUAGCCGUGGGCAGCAGAGUCACAACAUCUUCAUACAUAAAGACAUGGAGGACAGAGCUAUGAAAAAGGAAAUAGCUAAUGGACUUGUAGAGGUUUUCUGGUCCCUCCCCUGUGGGAGAGAAAAUCUUGACAUUUUUCCAGAGCCGGUUGCCUUUGCGAAUCUGAGAGGAGAAAUAAGUGAGUCACUUGCACAGUUCAGUUUUCUUGUUCAAGUUUCAACAGCAACCUUUGUGUUCCUGGACAAGGUUGAAGAUAAAGAGCAAGAAACGUUUCAUUCUCUCAAAGAUUUCAGAAGAAAUUUCUUUUUGGUUGUUAAUCGCAAAGACAGCAGGGAUGACAUGAUGUCUGUGAAGAAAACAGUAGAACAACUAGAUUUACCAAAAAACAAUGUCAUCAUAAAAGACAAAUCUGUAAACGCAACAUACUUCUCAAAAAAACUUUGUGCAGUUAUCAAGACCUCACUGGAAAGUGCAAAUAAAGUUACAACAAAUCUGAUGCUCGAAAAAGCUGCAGAACUUGGUCUGUCUGUGGAUGAAGGUAAAAGCAAUGAACAAAAGAAGGCAGCUGAAGAGAUUGUGAAAGCAAUUGGAGAACAAAGCAUUCCCAUAUACAAGAAGCUGGACCUUCCUUUGCAGGGAGAAAACUGGAAAAAGUUAUCUAAACUAGAAAUAAAACUGUGUAGAUUAAAUGACUGCAGUGAUUUGGGAAUCGAAGAGUACAAAUCUCAGCUACAGAAGGAGAAAAGCCAAAUCAAAGAGGAGCAGGCAAGACACAGCAUUUCCAAAGGAAUAAAGGGUUUCAUUGACAACCUUUUUACAAGUGACAAAGAAAAUAGAGAUUUUUUCUUAAAAUGGAUGAAACUCAAGCUUGAUACGUACUCUCGAGAAAAACUCUUUCAACUGCGAAUCCAGUUCAAAGAGCAAUGUGAGACAAAAGAUGCAGAACUCAUUAAGGAGUUGGAUCAAACUCUGCUGAACAGCUCUUUAGGAAUCGAGCAUUACAUGAGAGAAAUAGGACUGAUCUAUGAGUUUUCCCAAAACACCACAGAGGAAAUAUCGCGUCUCCCUCGUUUAGCUGCAGAAAUGGUGUUGGAUGGACAUCCUUUAGAGCUUCUGGAUGGUGAUGCUUCCAACAUCCCAGAGAAGUGGGUGUCGGCUGUACUGAAUGAGGUCCAUAACAAGGUUGGAAAAAGGAGCAGAUUGUUGGUAUUGGCAGUUUUAGGUGUUCAAAGUUCUGGGAAGUCGACACUCCUCAACACCAUGUUUGGUGUUCAGUUUCCAGUCAGCAGUGGCAGAUGUACAAGAGGAGCCUACUUGAUCUUCCUCAGAGUUAAUGAAGAUCACAGAGGUGAGCUGAAUUAUGAUUUCAUAGUUCUCAUUGAUACAGAAGGUCUCAAGUCUGCUGAUCUGGCUCAACUUGAGGACAGCUAUGAGCAUGACAACCAGCUGGCAACCUUUGUCAUCGGUCUAAGUGAUAUCGCCAUCAUCAAUACAGCCAUGGAAAAUGUAACUGAAAUGAAAGAUAUUUUGCAAAUUGCUGUUCAUGCAUUCUUGAGAAUGACCCACAUUGGAAAAAAGCCUGCAUGUCAUUUCGUUCACCAAAAUGUUGCUGGAGUUUCGGCACAUUCCAAAUGCAUUGCUGAAAGAAAACGUCUCUUGGACCAGCUCAAUGAAAUGACACAGAUUGCAUCUGAAAUGGAAAAGCAGCCAACCACUAAACUGUUCACUGAUGUCCUGGACUAUGACAUGGAAAAAAACAACUGGAACAUUCCAGGACUUUGGCAUGGAACUCCACCAAUGGCUCCAGUCAACACUGGCUACAGCGAAGCUGUUGCAGAUUUCAAGAAACAUCUUUUGGAGACAAUAAAGAACAACAAAAACAGUGAACCCACUCAAAUCCCAGAGUUCCUAGAAUGGAUGAUAAGUCUGUGGAGGACAGUUAAAUAUGAAAACUUCAUCUUUAGUUUUAGAAACACGCUUGUGGCUCAUGCUUAUGACAACCUGUGUCAAGCCUUCAGUCAAUGGGAUUGGCAAUUCAGAAAAGAGAUUCACUCCUGGCAGAACAAAACAGAAAUAGAAAUAUUAAAUGCUGACAAUGAUUCUCAAAUGGAAAUGUGGAAUAAACUGGUCUCAGAAAAAAAAGGAGAACUGUCUGCAAAAAUACAAGACGAGCAAAUGAAAAUGAAGGAGAAACUCGCUGAGUAUUACAAGAGGAAGGACAGACGUGUAAAUCUGAUAGAGAAAUACAAAGUUGACUUUCUGAACAGUAUCAAAAGCCUUGCCACUGAAAUUCAGCUGUCAGUAAGAACUAAACUGGAUUGUGUCCUUGAGCUGAAAGUCAGUAAAAAGAAAGCUGAAGAAAUACAGAAGAAAUACAGAGUCCUGAUAGAAGAGGCUGUCAUGAGGCAAAUACAUGUCUGCAAAAUGUCCCACCUGUCUGAUGGUGAGCUGACUAACGUUUUUGAGGAGAUGUGGUCUGCAUCUACAGCAAAUGUGUCUGGGAUAGAAGAACGAGACAUUGUUGGAUCCGUCCUGAAGCAGCUGAGGAAGAAUUUCUCUAAUCGAAAUGUGAAUCAGGAAUUACUGAACACUGACCUACGAAACAUAGGAGGGAGUCCUUUCAGAGUCACAUACGACCAUGUAGACAGAUUUAAAGCUGAAUUUGUUGAUAUGGAAAAAUUGCAGAUCUUCACAGAUAAUAAUAUCGAGAUGUGUACACAGUAUCUCCUUGAGAAAGUAGAAACAACUGAUGAUUAUCAUGACUCUUUCACAAAGGAUCUUCUAGAAAAGGUUGACAAAAACCUUGAACAACACUACAAGGAAUAUGAAACAAAUACAAAGUAUGAGAUUGACUUGAAGCUUCACAUUUGUGGCAUUGCUUCAAGACAAUUCCUGAAAAUGCACCAAAAGUUUCUGUCAAACCUCAAUCCCCAAACCCAGCUGGAGAAGUAUAAGCCUGGGUACCUGUCGGACUUUAUUGAUUUGUACAAAGAGAGAGAUCACUGUCAACGCAAGGCUAAUGAUUACAUUCAGCUUUGUAUGAAACCAGCAGUGGAAGACUUCAUCAACCGAUCCCUGGGGAUAGACAUCGUGGAUGAGAUCUUAACAAGCCAUCAUUCAGCAGAGUACAGCUCUCGCUCUUUCUUCCAGUUCAGCCUUCAAAAAGAGUUGCUGCUCGAGGAUGAUUUUAAAGGUUUUUUAGAGUACAUCGGAAAAUAUGAAAAUUAUGUCAAGAACUGGAUAUUCCAGCACAUCAAGCAACAAAUGACACAAGAAAAUACAUUGUACAAACUGAAGAACGACAAGCUUCAGGUCAUGAUUAAAAAAAUCACUGCUGCAAUAGAAGUGGCCUCAAAAGACCCAGAUGGUGUUUCCCUACCAAACAACAAUGAAAGCAUCACAAAGCUUCUUGAUGGAAUACGAAGCAAUUUAAUUAAAGACAUCUCAAUGUCAGUUGAAGAUGAGAAAACCAUCCUCUUUCAAAUCCAAAGCACAAGCCAUCCAUUCAUCAACAGCGUCAAGAUGGCUUUGGAGAACCUGACAACCCAGCUUCAGGAGCAAUUCUUAAGAUAUGAAGACAUCAACAAGAUGGUGGGACAACUCACAGUUAAACCACAGGAAGAACUUUUUAAGAGAGUUUUUGGAUGCGGAAAACAGUGUCCAUUCUGUGAAACUCCUUGUGAGGCUGGAGGAAAAGACCACACGUUGCAUAGUGCAGCUAUACAUCGACCACAAGGUCUUGGUAGAUGCAGUUAUAGGGACACCAACAAACUCGUUGAAAGACUGUGUACAACAGAAGUCCAAAGAAACUCCUCUUUCAAAAAUGCAGACACUAAAGGGGAGUUUCAUCCUUACAAAGAGUACACAACAUAUUAUCCAGACUGGCAGAUUCCACCAGACCCUACCAUUGAGGCAUCCGACUACUGGAAGUACAUCCUGGUGAAAUAUAAUGAUGAAUUUGCACAAGAAUAUGGGGCCAAACCAGCAGAUGUUCCAGAUGCCUGGAAGACAAUCUCACAGGAAGAAGCUCUGAAUGGAUUAAAAGAUGCUUUCAAUAUAAAGUGAAAGAGUUAAAUAUUAGGUGUCAGAAUGUCUUAUGCAAAUGCAGACACACAAGGAAACUACAAACAAUGAGAACAAAAUCAGCUGUUAGGAAAAGUAUAAAAAAGUACAAAUACCUCUUUUAAAAGAUCAAAUGUAAACUUUUGUCCCGUCAGAUUUUAAACUACAGGUGUACCAUGAAGAAAAUACUUUCGCUUAUGUUGUUUUCUCAACCUCAUUAAUUCAAAUACAUUUUACAUUUGGUUGUGCUUUUAUUAAUCAGUAAAAAUUGCUAGAAAGAACUGCAAACAACAAAAGGCUUUAUGUGGAUUUUAUAGAGCUAGUGUUGGUAUUGUCCUCAGAAUAAAACAUGGUGGAAACUUAAAAACGUUAAUUUUUUACUCCAAAUGUUUAUUUUAUAUCUCUUGUUCAUCUGAGCAGCACUAUUCACUACAAAAACACAUUUCUUUCACAAAUUGCAGUUUUAUUACUUUCAUUUUUAUUUGUUAACUUUGUUUUGUGCAAAUAACAAAGAACACAUUUUUGAGAGGAAUAAUUUUUUAUCCUUUGAAUUUCAAUACAAGUUUCUGUUAUUUAGCAAAAUAUGUACACAAUGAGCAAUGAAAAUGUAAAGUUCAAAAUACGAAGACAUUCUUGUCUCCAAGUAUAUUUUUACUGUGUUCAUGAUAGAUUUAAAAUGUAUUUCUCACGGAAACAUUAAAAACACUGUGAUGUGUACUCCUGGUGACUCCCAGCUGCAUUGAUUGGAUGGAAAUAAGAGGGUUUAAAGUGAGUGCAGUCUGUCAAUAAAAGCAUUAAAAUGUG